UAAAUUCAACCGUCUUUUAUUCUAAAUAAGUAAAAAAUAAUGGAAGAAUAAUAUGUUACCUUCCCAACCCGAAUCAAUGGCUGCGUUCAGCAGAAAAAGCAGCUUUGCAACUGUUGUAAAAUUCUUCAACACUACUGGUUUAUACGUUUAGAUCUAACAGGAACUAAGAGCAAGGACCAAUCGUGCUGAACGCAGCCAAUGGACGAGUUCAAGUCAUCAGCAAAGCUAGGCCUGCCAAGCAGUUGAAUAUGAUUGGUUGGAUUUGAAGGUGGAAAACAAUUUAGAGUAUUUAGAGAGCCUUUAAUAAGAGUGGCGACAUGUAAAUACCACUUUUGAUUGGUCCGCCAUAUUUCAUCGGAUCCCGCCAAUUUUCAAAUCUGAAUAUUUGUAUUUUUAUUGAAAAAAUUUGAAAUAUAAAUAGUAUACAUAUAUAUGGAAUUGUUAUUACAAAAGAGUAUAGUACAUCCAACCAUUCUGCACAAAUGUCCAUGUCAAUACUGUUUUUAUAAUCUUCUGUUAGCUUGCAAUACUGUGUUAGACAGAGACAUAUCUCUUUCUCGCUCGGACAUAUCUCUUUGUCGCUCGCACGAUUUCGAUGAAAAAUGGCGGAACCUCUCUUAUCUCGCCACUCUUAUUCUAGCUCUCUAGAAGUAUUUAAUCCGCAGCGCUAUCUAUAUACAUAUUGCUAUGUUUUAUCAAAAAUGUGUCUCAUAUAUAUAGUAAAAUGAUGAUAACAGUUGUAAAAUAAUUCCGACGUUAAAACAUGUAACGCAUACAGUACGUAACGCUACAAGUAGACCGCGCCCCGUACCGCGACAAGUAGUCGUAAAUAUUUUACUGUUUUUAUCAGCGCAUUAAUUGUUACAUUGUGCGUCUGUAUCAUAUAAAGAGCAGCUCGCAGUUUGCAACGUUCAACAUAGUUAUCAAGCAGUGUCAUGAUUCAACAUUUACAUAUUGGUUUGUAAUUAUUUUUAUCACGCUGCAACUAAACAAGCGAGAUGAAAAUAGCUAUUGUCGGCGGUGGAAUCGUCGGACUAACGACGGCCGGAUUUGUACGAGUUGGAUGCUUCCGUAACGCUGACAUAACGGUCUUGGCCUCGGAUUUUGAUGAUACUGUCAGUCACGUAGCCGCAGGAAUUUUUAGAGUCGGUGCUUCCUUCUGUGGUCCUAGUGAAGCGAUAACAAGACAAUGGGUAAAAGAUUCUUAUGAAUUUUAUGAUGCUCUUCGAAAAAUGCAUUAUGCUUCUCAUGCUGGAGUGACCGAUAUUUCUGGAUACAUAUUCGCUAAUUCAUCUCCGGAUACCGUUAAGAAUCAUUGGCUUGAAGACGUAGUGCCAGUAUAUAGAAGAGCAAAUGAAGAGGAAUUUGAACUGGUUAAUGGUAGCUGGAAGUAUGGAUCGUACUUUUCGACUCUCCUCACACAGAGCAAUUUGUAUCUUCCAUGGGCUAAACACCGAUUGCAAUUAGAUGGAGUCACGUUCAGGCAAAAAAAAUUGAAUUUUUUAAAAGAAUUGAGUGAUGAAUAUGACAUCGUGAUAAAUUGUACUGGGCUUGGAGCGCGCAAAUUAUGCGACGAUAGACGUCUCGUUUCCUUACGUGGUCAAGUGCUCAAAAUAAAGGCACCAUGGAUGAAACUCUUCUUUUACGGUGAGCUUGAUACAUACGUCAUACCAGGGUUCAAUGGUGUAGUUACUCUGGGUGGAUCGAGGAGUUUUGACUCUGAAAAUAUGAAUUUGUGUCCGCAUGAAUCCGCAGCGAUUCGCGCAAGAUGUGAUACGCUAGUUCCAUCUUUGAAAAAUGCAAAAAUCCUGCGAGAGGAAGUCGGCUUGCGACCGCAUCGGGAGGGUGGUGUCAGAGUCGGAGAAGGAAGUCGUAUCAGUCAUCGUUCUAAAGCUAUAGUCAUACACAAUUAUGGACACGGUGGUUAUGGAAUUUGCAUGGCGCCUGGCACCGCUGCAGCAGCCGUCGAUGCAGCCGCCAAGCUUCAUAAAUCUACCAGCUCCAAAAUAUAAUUACUAUAUCAUGCUUUUAUGUACAUCUGCAGUGUAUAUCUAUAUAUAUAAAAUUAUUUAGAUCAAAAAA